AUGGAACACUGCUGGGCAGGAGGAUACAACAGGUUGAGGCCACUGAGCUACAGAGGAGCUGAUGUGUUCCUAAUGGCCUUCUCCCUCACCAGCAGAGCUAGCUACGAGAACAUUCACAAGAAGGUAAUGGCACUCUUAAGUGGUUUUGCUGGAGUAUACACCGAGGCCAUAAUGAAGAAGCGUCCCUCAAGAAAUAUAAAUGUUCAGAAUUUCUGGUUAUAUGUUUUUGGUAUGGCUUUCAACGCUGUUGCAAUACUGAUCCAGGAUUUUGAUGCAGUCAUGAACAAGGGAUUCUUCCAUGGAUACUCAUUUGUUACUAUUCUCAUGGUUCUCAACCACGCACUAAGUGGGCAAGCAGUGUCCAUGGUUAUGAAGUAUGCAGACAACAUUGUAAAGGUAAAACAUACUUGUCGCCCUUGGGAAUAUGAUGUCUAG